AUGAGCAAAGAUCAGUUUUUUUUUGCAGAAGGUUGCUGCUCAUCACGUUUCACAUGUUUAUCGUCUUCUCUCUUCUUUCUUUCCGUCUCCUCGUCCAGACGGGGCUCUAACGUCUCUCUCGUGUUGGACAUGUCGGCUCUCGGCUCCGUGGAGCCCCUUAACGUCGCCGUGGUAACCCCUAGAGAGGCGGCAUCCAGGGAGUACCUGCUGUCGGCUGGCCGGCCGCUGACGCGACAGCAGCUCCGCGACAUCGUCAACAACACGCACAAGCUGCACGCCGAGUUCGCUGAAAUCCCGAUGAACUUCAUCGACCCCAAAGAGCUGGACAUCCCAAACCACGGGACCAAGAACAGAUACAAGACCAUACUGCCCAACCCUCACUCCAGAGUGAUCCUGAAGUCGAAGAGCUGCAACGACCUGCUGAGCUCUUACAUCAAUGCCAACUACAUACGGGGUUACCUAGGUGACGAGAAGGCGUUCAUCGCCACCCAGGGUCCGAUGGUGAACACGGUGAAUGACUUCUGGCAGAUGGCCUGGCAGGAGGAGUCGCCCGUCAUCGUCAUGAUCACCAAACUGAAGGAGAAGAACGAGAAGUGUGUUCUGUACUGGCCGGAAAAGAGAGGAAUCUACGGGAAGGUUGAAGUGUUGGUGAACAGCAUCAGAGAGUGUGAACACUACACCACCCGCAGCCUCACUCUUAAGUGUGGGAAUCAAACCCGCGUGCUGCAGCAUUACUGGUACACAUCAUGGCCCGACCACAAAACCCCCGACUCCACGAUGCCGCUGCUGCAGCUGAUGGCUGAUGUCGAGGCAGACCGACGGGCGGCUGCCGCUAUGGGACCGGUUAUCGUCCACUGCAGCGCCGGGAUUGGCCGUACAGGGUGCUUCAUCGCUACGACGAUAGGGUGUCGACAGCUGCAGCUGGAGGGAGUGGUGGACGUCCUGAGCGUCACCUGCCAGCUCCGAGCUGACAGGGGAGGUAUGAUCCAGACAGGUGAGCAGUACGAGUUCGUCCAUCAUGCCUUGAGCCUGUACGAGGCCCGCCUUUCUGCAGAAACCGGCCAAUGAGUGCGCACCACCAACGGAGAGGCGCUGACUUAAAUCUGGAAGUGUGCUGACAUAGCGAGUCCUUAGCAGGUAUGGUCUCUGGUGUUUGGGAGUUCUCUGAGAUUGGGGAACUCUGGACGAGGUCUUUGAGUUUGAUGGACAACAUGGACAACCAAUGAGGACUGUUGUGGGCGGAGCCUGUUGAAGGAAAGAGGAAAGUUGAAUUUCUGAAAAUGGAAUGUAUCCGUUCUGCUACCGUUUUAUUUUGUUUUUUUCUUCGUGUGUUGAUGGCGAGCGGUUCCUCAGAGAGACUUGAAAGAUCCGCCCACUUCACUUCUCUUGGAUCGUGUCGUUUUUAACUAACCGGACCGUCCUAUUACCUCUUUUCUGUCAUGGAAACGUAGAAAUAGAUUGACUGAAAUCGAUGGUACAUUGUUCAAUAACACUGUUGUGUUUCUGUGUCUUAGAGAUUUUUAAAAUUAUUUUGUAAUGUGGUGUUCUUAUAGGAAAGGCCAUUGGAAAAUGACUGUUAGCUGGUUGCACCUUUUGGUUGAACCAACCCUGUCCUGCCUGGCUCCGUUUGUGACGUCCAUACUCUGUAUUUUAUUUGUUCACAGUGCAGUCCCUUCCAAACCUUUGGGGAACAUGUUGUCCAUGAUGUUUUAACUAUUAAAACUUCAUUUUUAACUUAAUACAGACAUUAAAAGUUGGCUGGCUGUUGAAAGUGUUGGAGGAGGUGAGCCAGCCAACAAACAAACGUUUAACUCCACAACACCGCUCCACCCAUCUUCACUGGACGUACCAUGGUUCGCCAACUUAACGGAGUACUGAAGUUACAAACGGAGCUGCCUCCAGCCAUAGAUCACUAACGAACCAACGUAACGAUAAAACAAGCUCCUGCUAAGCCAGUUCUUGUAGUAGAGCGAUCUCAUAGAGGCUGACUCUCGCUUUAGUGUUUGAGUGUUGACCCGUUUGCUUUAAUGCCAAUAAAUGAGCUCAUGCUAUUACUAGCACGCUACGCUGACGCAAUAUUUCGUUGAACCAACUGAAUCUAUUGUUCCACUGUUUGUAAAAUAACAAUCGUUUUUAUACUAUUCAACAAGUACAGCUCACCAGACUCAGAGUCUAAGAAUUAUGGGAGCUGUAGUUAUUGAAUGCUGACAAAAUAAUUGUUCUAUCUUUGUUAGAAUGUUGCAGUAACGCCCAGUUAUCUUAACUAACCUUAACUUUUAGAAAGGCACUUUGGCCAGUCGCUCACGUCACAGUUUAUACAUCCGGCUCAUAUUUAAAGUUAAUAAAGAAAUAUCUGGACUUUUUAGUCAAAGUUUAGUUUUUCAGCACAGGGCCAAAUUGACAAAAACAAAACAAAAAACUAGUUUGCUAAGAAAAGUUCCUGGUGCAAACGUUUUUGUGCUGCUCGGUCAGAGUUUACACUCUGUACAAUAGUUCAAGUCGUUUCUUACAUUGAGAUUUCCCCUUGUUGUUGUGAAAUGUUGCUUUAUACCAAAAAUGUGAAAUAAUUUACGUCACGAUGGUGCAGUCAUCUCAUCGAUGUGCUGUUGUUGUUACCUAGUGAGUAGGUUAUUUUGGUGUAUCAAAGUAAUAAUAACUUUAUUUUUAUACUGUUUUUACAUGUUUUUCAUGUGUUUAGCAGCUAUCAGCCGUUUUGUCGACACUCGUGAAGAGCUCACUACGUGGGGUACAAACCUCGUCUCUAAAACCAUCGACUGAACAGGAGCCGGGUCAGAUUAAACUCCACACGCCCGUGUUUAAGCCUCGCCAGCUUAACGAUGGGACAAUCGUUUUCAAACGUGAGACACCGAGAGGUGAACGAGCACUUUCCCCAUUCUACUGAAAAAUGUCAAACAUUCAACCAAACCAUCGGAGAAGCUUUCAUGCGUCCAAAUAAAUAAAAACUUUCAGAUGUACUGAGGUGGUUUGAGAUGUUUUAGAGAUCCGAGGUUUCUACAGUUAAGCCAGUGACGAAGAACGUUAACAUUACACUUACUCUGCUCUCUGUGUGUGAAUGGGAUAACAAACAUGUUAAAGUGCUAUUAAACCUUUCAGUCCAUGGACCACAAACACGGAGCUCUUGCUGCUAAAACUGGGAACGUUGGGACCGGACCAUAAACGAGAGACUUUUUCUAUGUACCAAAUUAUUUUAUAUUUAUUCUUUUUUCUUGUGAUACAAUCAAAGGACUUUGGACCUGUGUCUCUCUGUCUACACGUCCAACAUGGGACCAGCGUCAACCCAGUUUCCUCUUCAGUCAGUUCAGGAAUCCGACUUUGAACUGGCUGAAGAGGAAGUGAGUUGAACCCAGCCUCCAUACCUACUGCAGCAGCAGGGGUACAACAACACACACUGCCUCUGACGUAGUAUUGUGUAUGUCACAGUAGGUGGUGGUUCAUGUCCUGUACUUAUUGUUGUUGACUGUUGAUGGAGCUUAAAGGGACGCUAGACAUUUUUUUAAUUAAUAAAAAUGUUAUUGGUUACCAAUGGUUACCAGGAGGUUUCCUGGAAAAGACUGAUUGAUUGGUUUGAUUUGAGUCAGCAGGUCAGCUGAAACAUGCGAAAAUGUUCGUUAAGAAGCUUUUUUAAUGAAUUAAAUUCAACAUUUUAAUCACUCUGAGUAAUUUAAGGAAACAAAAUCCAACAUAAAAUCAAACGUUAGCGUCCCUUUAACCUUCUGCUGUGUUACAGCUCAGUCAAGAGUACACCUGAUGCUAAUUACGUGGUUUUUAACUGUAUUACUAAUCAACCUGAAUGUUGUAAUAGUCCGGAACAUUAGCCACUGAGUAGUGCUGUAACCUCUUUAUCUACUCUAUAUACAUACAUAUAUAUUGUUACCUGUAAUCUGUACAUAAACACUGGACAUAAAAACUAUGGAGCUCA